CAUGCCACCAUAUAUUCCAGGCUUUCAGUUCACAGCGCGACAGCACAGGCCCCCUAAUGACUACGGCAUGAAGACGAUGCGGCUCCGGGUAUCGGAUGUGCUGCGUGUCGGGGACGGAUGGGCCGCGCAGUUGAUACUGGUUCAAGAGAUCAAGACCACAGGCUUUGAGGUUGAAAUGGGUCCGAAGCUUCUCGCUAAGCUGUUUGAUGCAAAAUACCUUCAGCCUCCGUUUCAGCGCAUUGACUACGCGAGGAAGCAGUAUAAGCGGGAAUGUGCAGCAUAUCGUCAUCUCAGGCUCAAUCACCUGCAAGAGUAUAUCCCCGAAUUCUUUGGCUCAUGGUCAACCAGGAUUGUAGACUCUCGUGGUCAAGAGCGAUCAGUCAGGAUGAUUCUGACCGAGUACAUUCGCGGCCACGAUAUGGAGCAUCUGCGGCCCUCGGAUUUCACGACGAGAGAACGGAAGGAGAUUAUGCGUCAGGCACUGGCAGCUGAAACCAAGUUCUAUGCGUGUAAUUUUCGACAUCAGGACUUUUUCCCGCGUAAUGUCAUGGUAACUCCAGCGCUCGAGAUUGUGAUUAUUGACUUCGGGUUGGCCUCUACUCAUCGGUCUCCCAGCGAUGUCUAUAGCUCACGUGACACUGAUCUGCUCGAAGGAAGGUACAUCAGCCCUAUAUUGCGCUGGUGGCGGAGCGACGACCAGAUCAAACGUGACCCGUGGAUGGUGUCGGGCUGGAUAACAUGGGACUGGAACCAGUGGCUGGUGGAUACUUGGAGAAGCGAUAUCCCUGAUAUCACUGCUGACAUGCUCAAGUGGGUCGUUCCUUCAGAACGAAAUCGGUCCUUCUUUCAACGAUUGUUCCGAGACGAUAGAAGGGAGCCCAGGUCGGUGCCUCCUUCCAGCCACACUCAAACGAUCGUUCGACAGUCGUUCCGGUACGACACGGUUGAGCUCGAGUGGCUUCAUGACCCAGGACGCUGUUCUCGCUGUUCUUGCUGUGAUGGACGUCAUUGA